CUGGAUCAAUUUCUGAUCCUUCAUUCUCAAAGUCUAUGAGCCAGGCGCCUCUCUCUCUCUCUAUCUCUCGUGCGCACGAACAAAAUCAUCUCCAACACAGUGCAGUCAUCGCAAACGCUACAUUCUUCUACCCUCCUACUCACCUGAACAACGUCCUCUCUUUGAAUCAUGAGUUUAGGGAAGAAGAUCAGAAUAGGAUUUGACGGAUUUGGAAGAAUCAAUCGGUUUAUUACGAGAGCAGCUGGCCUAAGGAACGACUCGAAGUUUUCCAGUGGAAAUGAUGCACUUAAGCAUGGCCUGGAUGGAGUUGGAUCUGCUGGCUUGAAGUCUUUCAGAGCACUUGCAGUCAUUGGUGCUGGAGUCUCUGGGCUCCUUAGUUUUGCAACAAUUGCUUAUUCUGAUGAGGCGGAGCAUGGACUAGAGUGUCCCAGCUAUCCCUGGCCUCACGAAGGCAUUCUCAGUUCUUAUGACCAUGCUUCUAUCCGUCGAGGUCACCAGGUUUACCAGCAAGUGUGUGCAUCUUGCCACUCAAUGUCUCUAAUUUCGUAUCGUGAUCUUGUUGGUGUCGCAUAUACCGAGGAAGAGACCAAGGCUAUGGCAGCAGAAAUUGAGGUGGUUGAUGGGCCUAAUGACGAAGGUGAGAUGUUUACCCGCCCUGGGAAGCUGAGUGAUCGUUUCCCUCAGCCUUACGCUAAUGAAGCAGCUGCAAGGUUUGCUAAUGGAGGAGCCUAUCCUCCUGAUCUAAGUCUAAUUACUAAGGCUCGUCAUAAUGGUCAAAACUAUGUUUUUGCUCUUCUAACUGGCUACCGUGACCCUCCUGCUGGCGUCUCGAUUCGAGAAGGACUUCACUAUAAUCCUUACUUCCCUGGUGGAGCUAUAGCAAUGCCUAAAAUGCUUAACGAUGGUGCUGUUGAGUAUGAGGAUGGCACCCCUGCAACGGAGGCACAGAUGGGAAAAGAUGUCGUGUCAUUCUUGUCAUGGGCUGCUGAGCCAGAAAUGGAAGAGAGAAAGCUGAUGGGCUUCAAAUGGAUAUUUGUUUUGUCACUCGCACUUCUCCAAGCAGCUUACUACCGUCGCUUGAGAUGGUCUGUCCUCAAAUCUCGCAAGUUGGUCCUUGAUGUUGUCAAUUAAUCUCGAGGAUUUCUUUCUCUACAUACUAAGCGGGUGCAUGGACUUAGAGAACAAUAUUACUCCUGCCAUUUUGCCAAAUGAUUUGAGUUAUGUUAUAUAGCAUAGUUUAGACAAUAGACUGCAAUUGGAACUGUCUCUCUGCAGGUAUUCUUUUUGGGAGGUAAAUAAAUAACUACUCAACUAUUUAUGGUACUCGUUAUCUUUCAUAUGAGAAGUCUAUAUUGAAACCUGAUGUGGGAAUGCCAAUUAUGGGCUCCUUUUCUUUCUUAUUUGUUGUAAGCCACUAGAGGACUGACAUUUGAAAUAUGUUUAGUAGCAAA